AUGCGUUCAUUCAUUCCAGUCGCCGCCGCCGCGGUGGUCACCUUUUCUUUCGCCAAUGCAGCACCCAGUCCCCAGAAGCUGGAGGACAGCUACUACAGCCCAGAUCAGGUCAUCAACACUGAUGUCGUAAUUAUCGGUGCAGGAGCUGCGGGAUGUUACUCUGCCAUCCAACUCAAGGACGCUGGAAAGAAGGUUGUGGUCAUUGAAUCCAAAGACCGUGCCGGAGGACACACGGAGACCUUCCUGGAUCCCGAGACCAAACUUCCCAUUGAUAUCGGUGUGAAGCUGUACCAUGACGAGCCUCUGGUGCAUCAAUGGUUUGCCCGUUUCAACCUCAGCACCAGCCCAAUCACCCUUCCUUCUGCCAACGGCCAGAACGUUGACUUCAGGACUGGCCGCAUUCUGCAAGGUCUGCCUUCUGUCAAUCAAGCAGCUCUCGGCGCUGCUAUUCAGCGAUAUGCUGCUGUCAUCUCGCAGUGGCCCCAACUGGAUGCUGGCUUCUACCUGCCUGACCCGGUUCCCGAAGACCUACUGCUUCCUUUUGGCCAAUUUGCUCAAAAGUACAACAUCACUGAUGCCGUACAAACCAUUUACGUGCUCACCUCUGCGUUUGGUGAUUUUGCUGAGCUCCCUACGCUGCAGGUGAUCCGUACCUUCUCCUUGAGUCUCAUCAAGACUAUGCAGAACUUCCAGACCAGCUCGGUCAUGAACAACAGCCUCCUGUACCAGAAGAUCACUGCCGAACUCCAAGCUUCGAACUCCCUCCUCCUGUCCUCCAGGGUAAUCAAGACAGCACGUGUCAGCAAGAUCGACGGCAACGUCCGAGUUCUCGUCCAGACUCCCAAAGGCACCCGUCUCGUCAUAGCCAAGAAGAUCCUCAUCACCGCUCCCCCAACCGCCGACAACCUCGCCCCUCUCGACACCAGCGGCGACGAACUCAAGCUCUUCAACCAAUUUACCUCGGUCAACUACUUCACCACCAUUGUCAAAAACGCCUUCCCAGUCAACUCCACCGUCCUAAACCUCGCCCUCGACCGCCCUUAUGCCAUCCCCCCCAUGCCCGCCAUCAUCAACAUCCAAGCCACCGUAAACCCCUCCUACACCCAAAUCUUCUACGGCACAAAGUUCGGCCAGUCCAUCACCCUCGACCAGGCCAAAGCCGCUAUCAUGGCUGACCUCAACCGCUACCGCGCCGCCAACGGCAUUACCGGACCUGAACCUGAAUUCGUCGUCGCUUCCGCACACAACCCCUACAACCUCGUUGCCGGAGUAGAAGCCACGCGCAACGGCUUCUACAAGAAUUUGUACGGCCUCCAGAGCAAGCGCAACACGUUUUGGACCAGUGCUACAUUCAGGGCUCAUGAUAGCUCGGCUAUUUGGGCCUAUACUAGCCGCAGCGUUUUGCCUGCUCUGCUUGCUAGUUUGUAA